UGUGUGUCUGUGCCCCAGUGUUGCCAUUCCGACGCACAUCCCUCACAGAGGAGCAACAGCCGCACGGAGUUGGUCAGAGCGGACUUCACAGAUUCCUCUGUGGGCGGAGAGCGCUUCACACUCCGGGCUUCCACCCUCUUCUCCCGCGGGGGGCAGCAGCACAGAGAUGCGCCCCGGACCGAGGCUCCGUGUCGGUAAAGUCAGAGAAAGAUAAAGAGAAUGAGACUGAGAAAAGGGCGCAGCGUAUCGCUCCUGUAAGCACCGCAUCCACAACUACACUCCGGGGAGGAUCUGGGGAGCUGGGUGAAUGCAAACAUACAGACGCGCUCGGCUACCGCUUGUUCUUUUUGAGGAUUUGGGUUGAAUGGGGCGGCGAGAGCCCUCAUCACAACUGAAGACAUGAGAAUGUGGAGGGGAACAAAAAGCUCGGCUGCGGUGCUCCGUGGUUGAGUCUCCAUCCAUCCAUCCACCCGAGGACUCCAGGUCUACACAUUCAUGUUGCAAAAGCCUGGUUUAUGACAAUGGAUUACUUGCUGUGGGUGUGCAGCCUCGUUGUCCCUGUGGUCCUGGCUGUAGAAGAAACCCUUAUGGACAGUCGGUGGGCUACCACAGAGCUGGCUUGGACCACAUUCCCAGAGAGUGGGUGGGAGGAGGUCAGCGGAUACGAUGACUCCAUGAGCCCAAUCAGAACCUACCAGGUGUGCAAUGUCAAACAGCCCAGCCAGAACAACUGGCUGAGGACGGACUAUAUACCCCGCAAGGGCGUGCUUCGCGUCUACGUGGAGCUCAAGUUCUCCGUCCGCGAUUGUGCAAGCAUCCCCAACAUCCCAGGCUCCUGCAAAGAGACCUUUAAUCUGUUUUACUAUGAGUCGGAUGGAGACAUGGCCACGGACACCAGCCCUCUGUGGAGGGAGAACCCCUACGUGAAGGUGGAUACUAUUGCCCCAGAUGAGAGUUUCUCUCUGCUGGAAGCGGGAAGGAUCAACACCAAAGUGCGCAGCUUUGGCCCCCUCUCCAAGGCAGGCUUCUACCUGGCCUUCCAGGACCUGGGAGCCUGCAUGUCUCUAAUCUCAGUCAGGGUUUUCUUCAAGAAGUGCUCCACCACCAUUGCCAACUUUGCCGUCUUCCCCGAGACCGCUACGGGGGCAGAAGCCACGUCCUUGGUGAUUGCCCCGGGGGCCUGCGUGAACAACGCCAUGGAGCUGUCCGUCCCGCUGAAGCUGUACUGCAACGGGGACGGCGAGUGGAUGGUUCCCGUGGGCUCGUGCACCUGCAACGCCGGCUUUGAACCUUCCGCAGACAGCACUCAGUGCCAGGCGUGCAUCCCCGGGACCUUCAAAUCCAAAUUCGGAGAGGGAUCUUGCGCUCCCUGCCCAGCCAACAGUCGCACCAGUGCACGAGGAGCCAGUAUCUGUCCGUGCCAGAAUGGCUUCUACCGCGCUGACAGCGACCCCCCUGACUCUGCCUGCACCACGAUCCCCUCGGCACCUCGCAACGUCAUAUCCAGCGUGAAUGAGACCUCUCUGUCCUUGGAGUGGGAGGAGCCCGAGGACACGGGUGGGCGGAGUGACCUCGUCUAUAAUGUCGUGUGCAAGAAAUGCCUCCGAGACCGGAGCCCGUGCACGCGCUGCGACGACAACGUGGACAUUGCUCCACGCCGGCUGGGGCUGAGGCAGAGGAAGGUGGUGGUGAGGAACCUGCAGGCUCACACCCGCUACAGCUUCGAGGUGCAAGCUGUCAACGGGGUUUCCGGGAAAAACGCCACCCCACCCAGAUACUCCAUAGUCAACAUCACCACCAACCAAGCCGCACCUUCAGCAGUGCCAACUGUCCAUCUAAUGCGCUCCACCUCAGACACGCUCAGCCUGUCGUGGCUGCCCCCGGAGAAACCCAAUGGAGUCAUCCUGGACUAUGAGAUUAAAUACCACGAGAGGGGCCAGGCAAUGUCACACACCGUAACUUCCCAGCACAGCUCAGCCAAGGUGGAGGGGCUGCGGGCUGCCACGCCCUACGUGGUGCAGGUCAGAGCACGCACCGUUGCUGGGUAUGGACGCUACAGCAACCCCAUGGACUUCAGCACCAGCCUCCACAGUGACCCUCAGAAGUCCGUGCAGGACCAGCUGCCUCUCAUCAUCGGCUCGGCGUCCGCAGGUCUGGUGGUCAUUGUUGCCUUGGUGGUUAUCGCUGUUGUCUGCCUUAAGAAGCAGCGCAGCGGGUCAGAGCUGGAGUACACUGAGAAACUGCAGCAAUACAUUUCUCCGGGGGUCAAAGUGUACAUCGACCCUUUCACCUACGAGGACCCCAAUGACGCAGUCCAUGAGUUUGCCAAAGAAAUAGACAUCUCCUGUGUAAAAAUAGAAGAAGUCAUCGGCGCAGCAGCAUGUUGUGUCCUAACUUCACCUCAGAUGACAGUCUGCUCCCGCUCGUUCAACCUUCCUGUCUUCUCUGUCUUUCCUUCCCUUGUAAACAUUCGUACUCAGGCACCAAAUGCAAAACCCUCAAGUACCUCGCCCACCCUCUGUCUCCCUGCACCCCUCCCAGGUUGCACACUCGAUCUAUACCAGUCACUCCCUCUCUCCCCAACAUCUUCGACCCCUGACCCCCCUAGCGACCCCCGUCUUUUCCUCUUCUCUUUUCUAAUUCUCUCCCGCAGUCGAAGUCGACCCUCAACUCACCCCCGAGUCCGACCAGUAACGCUCCCUCUCCCCGCACUCUCCCUGACGCUCUCUUUCCCGCCACCCCUCCUCCCCCUUCAUUCCUCUGCUCACUCAACCCCUGCCCACCUCCAUCACCCCCCCACCCCCUCCUCUCGCCACCUCGUUCUCCUCGCUCUAGGUGAAUUUGGCGAGGUGUGCCGCGGGCGUCUCAAGCAGGCCGGGCGCAGGGAGAUGGUGGUGGCGAUCAAGACGCUGAAAGCCGGCUACACCGAGCGCCAGAGGCGGGACUUCCUCGCCGAGGCCUCCAUCAUGGGUCAGUUCGACCACCCCAACGUGAUCCGUCUGGAGGGCGUCCUGACGCGAAGCUGCCCCGUCCUCAUCAUCACCGAAUUCAUGGAGAACGGCGCGCUCGAUUCCUUCCUCAGGCUGAACGACGGGCGCUUCACAAUGACACAGCUGGUCGGGAUGCUGCGCGGCAUCGCUGCAGGCAUGAAGUACCUGUCAGACAUGAACUAUGUUCACCGAGACCUCGCCGCCCGAAAUAUCCUGGUCAACAGCAACUUGGUCUGCAAGGUCUCCGACUUUGGCCUGUCGCGCUUUCUGGACGACACCUCCGCUGACCCCACUUACACAAGCUCUCUGGGUGGUAAGAUUCCCAUUCGGUGGACAGCACCAGAGGCCAUUGCCUUCAGGAAGUUCACCUCUGCCAGUGACGUAUGGAGCUACGGCAUCGUCAUGUGGGAGGUGGUCUCCUAUGGAGAGCGGCCAUACUGGGACAUGAGCAACCAGGAUGUGAUGACAGCAGUAGAGCAGGACUACCGGCUGCCCCCACCCAUGGACUGUCCCAUGGUGCUGCACCAGCUGAUGUUGGAGUGCUGGAUGAAGGAGAGAAACCUGAGGCCCAAAUUCUCCCGAAUCGUCAGCACUUUGGACAAGCUGCUUCGCAACGCCGCAAGCCUCAAGGUGGUGACCAGCACCUACUCAGGGGACCUGCUGCGGCUGGGAGGAACGCUGCCGGGACACAACAGGAAGAGUCCGGACAACAGUCAGGAAAUCAUUCGGCAACAGAUGAGCCAAACUCUCCCGAUCAGGGUGUGAGCCGGAAGGACUAGCUAAAAACUACCUAAAAACUCUUGAGACGAAGAGCUGAUGUAAAAUAAAUUUAAAAAAAAAGAAAGAAAGAAGAAGUAUGAAACGGAUGGAAGCUCCGGCGACACAGCGUAAGAGGACCAUUCUGGAGAUUUCUUUCCCACUGGAGACUCAGUGUCUGUUUAAAGAGAACUCUCCAUUCCAGUGUGUGUGUUCAUUACUUGACACUUGUGGAUUUGUGACUAUUGACCUAAAGCCAGACUUCUUAUUGCUCCCUCUCAGGUUGUGUUUGCAUGUCUGCAUGUGUUUUCUGCUGGUUGGGGAAUCAGUCUUUUCCUUCUCUUCACCCUCCGACUGAGGACAGGGCGGGCAAUUUCACGCAGAUGAUGCAACAGUGCCAAGAUAAAGCAAUCGUUUGCUUAAAACUAACUCAAAGACAGCUGUGGACCAUCUCUCCAAUCAGUGAUUCCUUUUCUUUUUAAAAGAAAACAACCCAACCAAAUAUGUUCUUUCAUUUUGCAAAUUUUAUUAUUCUUAUUUUUUUCUGGAAACAAGAAAAAAAAAAAAACGACACACUUUUCAUCCGCUUCCUCUUAAAAACCGUCUUCCGUGUGUAACGGGAGACGUUACAAAACCUGUACAAAGCAUCCGAGUCUUCACACCGUCUCUCUCUCAGUCCGAGGGGAGACGUAGCUGACACUGUGCGGGACACGUCAUGUGCAUGCCAAAGUGGGAACGUCUUCACGAGAAAAGGAUGAAUAACGGGCCUCCUUAACUGUUGCUUUGUCGGCAUCUUGCUGGAUGGGCUUUAACGUCCACGUUUUUUCUUAAUCUUGUUUGACUCACGGACGCAUUGUUUUGAAUGCUAACUUAUUAUCUGGCGAAGAGGUGAUUCCUACCUGGACUUACCUUUUUUUUUUUUUUUUUUUUAAAUCACUUGUUUUCUGACAUAAACAAAGCAGACAGACAUGAAUGGGUGAAUUAGGAAUCAAUAGUUCUGCUCACACAGAGUACAUUACCUUUAAACCCACUGAGCAGACAUGUUCAACGGUCUUUUAAUUUUUUUGGGUUGUUGUUGGGUUUUGGUUUUUUUUCCUCAAAUUAAAAGCGCCUGUGGUAAUGCUGUGUUGUACAUUAAAAUCUGGUCCGGUGUUGCAGGUCAGUGUGAAUCUAAAAGGUCGUUAUCCAGAUGAUAGCUUGGUGACCUUAAUAGCGACCAGACCUACAAACACGGAUGUAAAAUCGACCGCUCGCUGGUUCAUCUCUCCUCACGUGUUUUCUCCAGCACGCCGACUCUCAGCGCAGUUUCCUAUUAAAACGACUGCCUGUAUAUAACAUUAUAUUUGUAUUAGACCAACCUGCUCGGCAUUUACAACUAUCUGACCUGACUUUGGCCUCUCUAUGACCCUCGUUUAUAUGCUUGUUUGUUUAAUGUUGAGGAGCAGACAAAUAGAGGAAAAUUACAGUUAAAUGGUCAUUAAAUAUCUGAAACUAUAUGUCACGCUGAAAGAAAAUGUGUCUGUUAGGGCAGACUCUUUUUUUUUUUUUUUUUUUUCCUGUGCAAGUAAAGGUGUAUUAGAUUGUAAAGAAGAAAAAAAAUUUGCCAGAAAAACUAGAACAAAAAUAAGCAUUUCUCUUUCAGUAUUUUUACGAUAAUCAUAUGCAAAUAAAUUAUUAAAUGGA